UCUCCUCCUCCCCGCCAGCCCGCCGGAGGGGGGGCCGCCGGCACCAUGUGGGCCACCCAACUCCUGCCAGCCUUGCUGCUCCAUCAGCUGCUGCUGCUUCCCAUCACCAUCCCUGCGGCAGGUGUGAAUUUUUGCAUUGAGGUAUAGAACAUACCCAGUGUCGGGACUGAGUGGUAUGAUGAUAGGAUGGUAAAGGAAAAAGGAGAAAUCCUCUUCAUGACUACAAAAAAACAGGAGAGUUGAUGCUCAUCAAAGUAAACAAAACACUGGAAGUUAAAACCAAGCUGUUAAAUACCACUGAGCAGUGUGCCAAGAGAUGCAGCAGGAACAAAGGUCUUUCAUUCACUUGCAAGGCCUUUGCUUAUGACAGAGUUACAAAACGGUGCCAUUGGUUAUCCUUCAACAGCUUGACAAAUGGUGUGAGAAAGAAGCAAGACCAUGCGUUUGAUCUGUUUGAAAAGAAGGACUAUGUCAGGAAUUGUAUAAUUGGAAAAGGAGCAGAUUACAAAGGGACGAUAUCUGUCACCAAAAGUGGUAUUCAGUGUCAGGCCUGGAACUCAAUGAUUCCCCAUGAGCACAGCUUUUUGCCUUCGAGCUAUCGGGGUAAAGACCUGCGGGAAAACUACUGCCGAAACCCCCGAGGGGAAGAGGGAGGGCCGUGGUGUUUCACCAUCAGCCCAGAGACACGCCACGAAGUCUGUGACAUCCCCCUCUGCUCAGAAGUUGAAUGCAUGACCUGCAACGGAGAGAGUUACAGAGGGCCAAUGGAUCAUACCGAGUCAGGCAAGGAGUGUCAGCGCUGGGAUCUUCAGAGACCACACAAACACAAAUUUCGCCCUGAGAGAUAUCCUGACAAGGGCUUUGAUGAUAAUUACUGCCGCAAUCCUGAUGGCAAGCUGAGACCAUGGUGCUACACUCUUGACCCUAACACCCCCUGGGAGUUCUGUGCAAUUAAAAUGUGUGAUGCAGGUAUCAUGAACAGCACAGAGGCAGUGGCUGAGACAACAACGUGCAUCCAGGGGCAGGGUGAGGGCUACCGCGGCACAGUCAACACCAUAUGGAGUGGAAUCCAGUGCCAAAGGUGGGACUCGCAGUUUCCUCACCUGCACAACAUCACUCCUGAGAACUUCAAGUGCAAGGAUUUGAGGGAGAACUACUGCCGAAAUCCAGAUGGAUCUGAAUCACCCUGGUGUUUUACUACUGACCCAAACAUCCGGAUUGGUUAUUGCUCCCAGAUUCCUAAGUGUGAUGUAUCAAAUGAACAAGAUUGUUAUCGUGGCAAUGGCAAGAGUUACAUGGGAAAUCUGUCCAAGACAAGAUUUGGGCUAACUUGCUCCACGUGGGACAAGAAUAUUGAAGACUUACGUAGGCAUAUACAAAUAUUCAGAGAACCAGAUGUUAGUAAACUGAAGAAAAACUAUUGCCGCAAUCCAGAUGAUGAUUUUCAUGGUCCCUGGUGUUACACAGAUGAUCCUCUCGUUCCCUGGGAUUACUGCCCUAUUUCUCGAUGUGAAGGUGAUACAACUCCUACUACAACCAGCGUGGAUGAUACUGUCAUUCCUUGUGCCUCAACAAAACAUUUGAGAGUUGUAAAUGGAAUCCCAACUCAAACUAACGAAGGAUGGGUGGUUAGUUUGACAUACAGGAAUAAGCAUAUCUGUGGAGGUACUUUGAUAAAGGAAGAGUGGGUUCUAACAGCAAGACAGUGUUUCCCUUCUCGGUACAAAGAUUUGAAAGACUACAAAGCCUGGCUUGGAGUCCAUAAUAUCAAAGGAAAGGGAGAGGAGAAGCAUAGACAAGUUCUGAAUAUCUCUCAGCUGGUAUAUGGUCCUGCAGGGUCAGAUUUGGUCUUGCUGAAACUUAGCAGACCUGCCAUAUUGACAACUUUUGUAGAAAUAAUUCGGUUGCCCAUUUCUGGAUGUACCAUUCCAGAGAAGACCAGUUGCAGUGUUUAUGGAUGGGGAUACACUGGAUUAGUUAACUAUGAUGGCCUUCUCCGAGUAGCAAACCUGGUUAUUUUGGGGAAUGAGAAAUGCAACCAAUGUCUCAAAGGGAAGAUCACUGUGAAUGAGUCAGAAAUAUGUGCAGUGGCUGAAACCAUUGGUGCUGGGCCUUGUGAGCGUGAUUAUGGUGGUCCCUUGGUUUGUGAACAAAACAGGCUGAAAAUAGUAGUGGGUGUCAUUGUUCCUGGCCGUGGAUGUGCCAUUCGAAAUCGUCCUGGGAUUUUUGUUCGGGUCUCAUAUUAUUCCCGGUGGAUACACAAGAUCAUGAUGACCUACAGAAAACCCUAAAAAACUCAAGAACUUCCAUUCACAGAUUUUGGACAGCAUAGAAUUAAUGUGUAAUGUAAAGAUCAACAAUUUUUUAACUACUUGAUAGUCAAGUUUGUUGAGCUUCUUUUAAUAUUUAUGGAUGUCUUCAGUGUUUUGUCUAUCAGUGUUGUUUUAUAAGUAUUGGAGUGACUUACAGUAUAUGCAAGUAUGGUGACAUAUCUCCUGAAGAUACUUGAAUGGGUAAACAAUUUUGCAAAAAUAUUAUUACUGUAUGAUAAAUGGUUUUGUAGAAAAAGAUCAUAUGACCUCUUUUAUGCUGCUCUUCAGAUUAUCUUUAAAGGAGAAACAAAUUAUAGCUUUAUUUAACACAUCUUAUUCUUUCUGUGAGCCAUGUAUUUCUCUUCAUAUAUGAUAAAAGAUCUACUGAGAGAUAUAUACGUCUAUCAACGACAGCAUAUAUGACCAUAUGUCUCUUACCCCUUUAUGAGAGGUCAAAUAUUUCAAUAUUUCAUUGAAAAAUAGUCCCUUUAGAAAUUAGUCUUUUCAUUGUUGACCAAUUUUGACAAGCCUUCCUUCAGUGGAGCUCUCGUAGAAGUUGGUAUCACUUCUUUUUACACAGUACCUAUAGGCUCUAGUUCUGCACUUGGUCCCUUUUAAUUCUAUACUUGGUCCCACAAGAGAUAUAUCAAAAACCCUCUGGAUCAAGGAAGAGAUACAGAAACGGAUUGGUUAGCAAACUAUAAUUUAUUCACAGUUAGUCACAGAAGUAACUGUGAAUUUACAAUGCUAAAAAGUGUAUCUGAUAAGACUUAAAAAAAAUAAUCUUGAUUAAACAUUGACAGAUUUUUGCCGUUAAAAGAAAUUUCAACUAAAUAUGCCCAAAUCUUUCUCAAGAGGCAAGUGUUAAAAAUUCACAUGCUCCUAGGUAUUUCAUUAAAAUAACUCUGUUUAUAUCAGGAAGAAGUAUAGUUGAAUCUAACACCUGACUGAGAGACUUAGUACUGGUAAAAGUUAGUUAUACGUUGAUAGUCUUUUCAGAGACUUCAGAUAUUUGAUAAGACCUUACCUUAGAUUGGUCAAAAACAUAUCCUUUGUAUAGGUCCUUUCAGGGUAAUAAAAUUAUUGCAGGGAUCUGAUCUUGUAUGAAAUAUGGAAAACAUCUCUAGUUGUUUAGUAUCUUGUGUUUCCUGCCUGUAUGUAGAACUAUCAUUCCUUUAUGUUGAUUGGGAAAGGGAACAACUAUUCAGCAUCUGUGAAAACUGCUUGUUCUGCUUCAGGCAUUUAGUUGUAUGUCUGGAAUCAUUACACAAUUAGCAGACGACAAUAUGUUAUUAUAGGGGGUUGUAAUUUCUGGAAAGCCGAUACAACAUAUAUCCAGUUAUUUUUACUACUGUAAUCGCAUAAGUAACUGCACUGUUACUUCACUUGUGACUAUGUAAUUGUAUAUGUUUCCAGUAGCAAAUUGUAAGGUAUGCAUAUCGUAUCUAACUGCAUAGCCACUAAGCUGACAUCAUGAUGUAUAUAUACAAAAGACCAUUUCAUUUAAUUCAAAAAAUGCAGGGCUGAAUUCUGCCCCAGCAGAAAGUAACAGCUUCAGGGGAGCUGUCACGGGAGGCAGUGCUCAUGUUGACUCACCAAAUUAUUUUCUUCAGCAGUGCGCUUUGACUUCAGUGGGACUCAAAUACGCUGGUGGACUAGGAUGAGUUUCGGCCCAUGCUUAAGUGGCUUGGCUUACUGAGAUUUGUGUCAAGCAUCCAGCAGUUUACUGGUGCAUAGAAAGAAGUCUUUUAGCAAGCAGAACUUCUGAAAUUUCUCCUGAUGUAAAUAGUCUCUUUGGACAAGAUGCAACUUCCCUGUACAAGGGAUCUGAGGUUGUGGAUGCUACACGGAUAGUCUGUCUUGAUCUAUUCUGUUUGCCUCUGAAGGCUUUAUGUUCCUUUUGGGCUCUCUCACUCACCAGGCCUAAAGAGGGCAGGAUUUAGCCUGUUGUAUUUACAAUUAAUUAUUGCCAUGUAUGUAAACGGUGUAUUCUUACUAAGUAUAUACGGACCAUAGCAUACUGAAAGGAUUAACUUUUUAAGAGAGACUUUUGAAAAAACUCCAAGUGAGUUUUGUUAUCAAUCACAAGUAGAAUGUGGAUGAAAUAUAUAAUUCCAUGUUCACUUUUUGUAUUCUAAGAAUUAUGUGCUCACUGUAUUAUAUUUGCAGGCAUUUUAAGUCCAUCUAAAAAAUUGAACCCUAAAAUAUUUUAGUUAUAAGCUUCUGCUGUGCAGAAGACUGUGAUUUAUAUAUAUAUAUACACACACAUAUAUAUAUAUAUGAUAAAAAUACUGUUUUUUGUUAGACAACGUGUAAGGAUUUUUACCUGUUUGUUCUGGGCAGCGCCUCAGUAAAAUUUUUGCAGAGUUGCUGCUCCAGAACUUAACAUGUUUGUAUGCACUUGCUCAUCAGGUGUUCUUGCUCUCCCUAACUCAGUAUCGAGGGCACAUGAGGCUCUGAAGAGCAAGUGAAGAGAAAAAUAAUGAUAUGUGGUAAUGAAUUUGUACUUCAUUUAUUCCUGUGAAUAUUUCUUGUUGGUACCAAUGGUACCGUACCAGGCAACUGUUAUAACUACAGGAUUCUCUUAAGAAAGUACACUCUAUAGAUACUUUUUUUUUUUAUUGUUCUAACAUAUUUCUCUCUAUAAUAACAGGGGGACCUGAUCUAGUGCCCAUCUAAAUUUCUGGAAGGCCUCUUACUAACUUCAGUGGGAUCUGGAAUUUACUUUGUAGAUGUGAUUUUACUCAUAUUAAAAUUAAAGGGUACAGAACUUAAACCCUUAUCUAAGAAGAACAUUCUUAGACUCCAUUGAAUGUCAUCUUCAUUUUCCUUACUGCAACUAGUUCAUGGACUCUGAAAAGUGUAAUAACUGGAUAUGAAAUUUUGGGAUUCAAACCUAAGACCUGAUUUGCGCUACUGAAGUUAGUUUGAAUUAAUUACUGAUUUUCUUUGGUCAUUGGAACUGACUGACACUUCUUCCUUUCAUUAAUCAAUAUAUUUUUCCCUUAAAAAAGCUUUUUCCCUAUUUCUUUUUCCCUCAUAAACCUCAUGACUCUCAGAGAAACUGUUGCUCUCAUUGGGAAUGUACUAGUCCAGAUUUUUGCUGCUAUUGCUGAAAUCUUCUCUAGCAUUAGACUAAAAUUCCCGGAGGCAUUCUGCAGAUCUUUGUUGUUUGUAAUGCCAAUGUACUUGACAGAGAUACUCACUUUUUCAGGUGAGGGUCCAAAGAUGUCUCUGAGGGUCAAAAUCUACUCAGGCAAAAUGUCCCUUGAAAUCAGUGAAUGUGAUUGUCAAAAAGCGGGGGCUGAAAUUUGCUCAAUGCUUUUCCCUACAGCUGUGCACUGAACUAUAUGCAUCCUUGUACACCGAAAAGCACACCAGUUCUGGACUUCACAGCAACUGAAACAGCAGGCGAGGCUUUAUUGCCAUCCUUCUGGAAGGCUGGUUGUAAAACAGUUCACCCCCAUGGAACCUGUAUAAAACCAGUAGGAUUGGUUAUUUAGUCUUCUUUCCUUAUUGAUUAUUUUCUUCCUCCUUUACGUGCACUGGUAUAUUAUUGUUUUAUGAAUGUUGGGGCUGCUGGCAGGAACUGACAUGGCUUUUCAUCCUAAUAUUUUAUGGUGUUCCUUUUUAGAUAUACUCUUGGGCAUUUAUGUAUGGUGUUUCUUUGUGUGGGAUCUAACUUCAGGGAGCUGCCUCUGGAAUUCAGUGUAUGAUAAGAGUAUUUUUUCAUAUUUAAGUGAGAAAAUUAAUGCUCCCAUUAAAGACAACUAGUUGAAAGCCUAAUGAAAAGGGAACACUGUGGUUAUAACUUGUAUUGCAAAUCUUCUGUAAUUAAUGGCAUCUUAAUUAGUUAAUAAAGUCGGUAUUUUUGUAA